AUGUCCUCCUGUCACCCACCAGAGAUAGCCAUCGUAACAGAGCUCCCCAGCGGAACAUGGAGUGACACAAACCUCGACUACAGAUCUUUCUUCCGUUUUCUUCUUGAGCGCGGCGAGGCCUACGAGAGGAUCCCCCUUGAACGCUUCAACAUUCACACACUUGUCGGCCGCGGCUUGGGUAAAUGUGCGACCGACACGGGCACGUUCCUCAAGGACGUCCAUCUCUUCGAUCACCUCGAAUUCGGCGUGACGAACAAGGACGCACGCAUGAUGCCGCUCAGCACCCGCCGACUUGUCGAGACCGCUUUCCAGAGUCUCGUCGACUCCGGCAUCGACUAUCGCGGAAAGAACAUCGGAUGCUAUACCGCGGGCGUCGCUUUUGACAUGUUCUCGAUCUCAGGCCACGAUGACGAUGAGGCGCGAGGCUCGUUUGCGUCUGGACCGGCUAUGAUCGCCAACCGCGUGUCGUACUAUCUCGAUUUGCGCGGACCGUCGGUGCCCAUCGAUACCGCGUGUAGCUCAAGUCUGUCGGCCACGCAUCUUGCGGUGCAGGCCAUACAGAAUGGCGAAUGCGAAGCAGCAGUAGUGGGCGGCUCGCAGAUCAAUCACAGAUUCUCAGAAUGGUUGUCAUACUCGCAAGGAGGUGUGCUGUCUCCAGACGGAAAAUGCAAGCCUUUCGACGCGUCAGCCGAUGGAUUCGGGAGAGGCGAAGGCGUUGUAUGCAUGGUGCUGAAACCACUGGACGCUGCGCUUCGAGAUGGUGACAAGGUCUACGCCACUAUCCUUGGUACAGGCAUAAACUCUUGCGGAUCCCUCGCGCCUGUCAACGCGCCUGUGGCGUCCGCGCAGCAGGAGGCAAUGGUGCGCGCCUUUGCGCAAGCUGGGCGUUCUCCGCGCGAGGUCGAUUUCGUGGAGUUGCAUGCAACUGGGACUGCGAUGGGAGACCCGACGGAGGCGAACUGGGUCGCAAAGGAGUUCAGCAGGGAUGACGAACUCGUCAUUGGCAGCCUCAAGGGCAACGUCGGCCACCUGGAAAUCACAGCGUUCUUGGCCUCGCUCUGCAAAGUCUGCUCCAUCUUCGAGACCGGCACGAUCCCGCCGAACGUCAACCUCAAGACCCCCAACCCUGCGAUCAAAUGGAAGGAGUACAAACUUCGAGUCCCCUUGGAGCCGGAACGUCUGAGCGUACGUGCCUCCUCCGGCCGUGGGCUCGUAGCCAUGACGAGCUCCGGUAUCGGAGGCUCGAACGGGCAUUGCGUGGUGGAAGGUCCCCCGGCGGUAUCCCCCAAGCCGUCAACCUUCUGGAUCAACGCGCUUGACGUUCCGCUACUCUACGUUGCGGCGGGCCUGUCUCCCCGGUCGGCUUCGGCUUCUGCCGCGGACAUCGUCGACAAGGCGAGUGCGUGGGCGGAGGACGUGCAGCAGGCCGCGGCACGUGCAUAUGCUCGUAGGGCGCGCUCCAUGACGUGGAGGUCGUUCGCGAUCCAGAGCAAAGGCACUGUGGUGAAGUUCAGCGAGCCGGUGCUCUCGCCGAGGAUCACGCCUCCCGUCGUGUUCGUCUUCAGUGGGCAGGGCACUCAACACUAUGCAAUGGGCCGCGAGCUCUUCCAAACCUCUGCGGUAUUCCGCAAGAGCAUCCUGGACCUCGACGCGAUCUACAAGAGCGUGACCGGCCAGUCGCUCAUUGAGCUCACCGGCAUAUUCGACGGCGCGCGCCCCUCGGACCCGCUCGGGGAGAUCUGGCCCAUCGCGAUCACGCUUGUCUCCCUCACGAUGCUCCAGAUUGCGCUGUUCGACACCCUCGCGGCGCUAGGUAUCAAGCCCGACGUCGUCGUCGGCCACUCAGCCGGCGAGACCCCCGUCCUGUACGCAUCUGGCGCGGGUUCCCGCGCACUGGCGAUGGAGCUCGCAAUUGCGCGAGGAAAGGCCAUGUCGCUCCUGGAGACUGAGAAGGGCACUAUGGCCGCUGUUUCCUGCUCCCCUGAGCGCGCUGCUGAGAUCGUCGAGGGGGUGAUCUCGGAGCUUGGACCCGGGACGCUGGAAGUUGGUUGCUACAACGCGCCAGGGGCUGUGACGCUUUCCGGGCACGAAGACUACGUCGAGCGAGCUGUGAAGGCCGCUUCGGAUGCGGGGAUCUUCGCUCGCCGCCUGCGCACUCGCAUCCCAGUGCAUUCGGCGAUGAUGGAGCACUGCGAAGAAGAGUAUAAGCGGCUCGUGGAAGACGUUUUCUCGCGUUACCGCGUCAGCCCGACGACCGUGGAGACGUGGUCGACAAAAACUGGGUCACUUCAGGAGUCGCUGUACGACGCGGAGUACUACUGGGACAGCACGCGCGGCCCGGUCAGGUUCACCGAGGCCGUCCAGGGCAUCGCGCAGAAACACCCGCACGCGAUAUACGUCGAGCUCGGGCCGCACCCGGUCCUCACCAGCUACGUCUCCGCGAUCACGGAGCAGAAGACCGCCGCGGUCGUGUGCCCGCUGCGCCGACCGAGGUCGAGCCAGCGCCAGGCGGUUGAGGCCGCUGCGCUCCUGGAGGCGGUCGGGAAGCUCGUCGUCGCGGGGUACAUGCGCAUGGACUUCGACGCGCUGUUUGGGACGGCGCCUGCCCCGGUGGACGUGCUCCCGGCGUACCCGUUCGCGCGCAAGGAUGUGCCGUAUACGGCGCCGACAGCGGAAAUUGCGCGUCAGAGGCAGCAGAGGAACGGGCCUUUGAACUAUUCGCAGCUGCAGAUCAACGAGAAGACGCACCCGGAUUUGGCGGAGCAUGUCAUUAAGGGCGAGCCGAUCAUGUCGACGGCGGGGUACUUGGAGAUGGCAUUGGAGUUCGGGGCGAAGAAGCUGUACAACGUUGAACUGGUGUCGAUCAUGGCGCUGUCUGCGAAACGGCCGACUCCCGUGGAGGUUAGACGAGAGGGGUCGAGGUGGAGCGUUCUGAGCUCUGUUGCUGUCGACUACACGAAGACAUGGCCACCGCAGUACAAUCGUCUACACUGCAAAGGUCAUCUAUGCAUGACUCAGGAGGUCGAGGACGUUCGAACUGGACGGGACAUAGCUGAGAUCUCCAGUCGCCUGAAGCCCUUGGAUAUGAAAGGCUUCUAUGACGGGUUCCACACCUUUGCAGACUACGGCCCUUCAUACCAACGAAUCCUUGCGUGUAGUUACGCAAGGGAUGCUGCGACUGGGAGAGAUGAGUGGCUUAUCAAGCUGCGUGGCGCGGACGUGGACCUGCCUGAUAUCGCCGAUUACCGCAUUCAUCCUGCUAUUCUCGACGCCUCCCUGCAUAUCCUCGUGCACCCGGUGGUCACCGGUGUCAAUGAUGCUGCUCGCUACUACCUUCCUUCGAGGAUCGGAAGUCUCGUCGUCCAUGAUGCGCUCUUGGACCGUCCGUUCCCACCCAUCGUAUACACUCAUGCGGUCUUCAAGGCGUGGACCCCAGAAACUCUGGUAUACGAUCUGCUCAUCACAACUGAGGAUGGGACCCCUCUGUACAGCGUCGACGAGCUCGAGAUCUCUAUGCACGGGCAAAGGGUAUCCGGCGUGGAAAACCGAUACGAAGUCGUCUACCAGAAGACCGGGGUUACUCUUCAAGAAGACCCUCUUGACGCCUCCACUCCACGGUCUACCCCUAGCCUUGAACUCUCUGACUCGGGGUAUGGCACCCAGGACUCGGACUCCGCGCUGGAAACUCCUGUCGACCGUACUCCGCCACGCCUCGCUUCCGCGACUUCAAAGGUUGUCUUGCAGUACCGUCGCGGUGCCGAACUAGAACUGCAGGACGUCGUGAAGGGACUCGACACCCUCUCCGCCGUCUCUGUGUGGUUCCACGCGUCGAGUGGCCCGGAUGGCGAUGCUCUUACCGGCUUUGCUAGGGCGCUCCGCAAGGAAUUCCCGUCGUGGUUCAUUCAUGCGGUCAUCUUCGACAUAUCUUGGUCCGAGGAGGACGUGAAGACACUCCUUGAGUCUCUAUCCACUAGGACUAAUGUGGAGCCAGAGGUCAUGGUAGACGCGGACGGCUCGAUCAGCGUCCCGAGGAUCAUCAAGGGGGACCCUUCGCCCUCAAACGCUGCGUUCCAGCCCUCCCUCCCCUGGCAACAAGACAACACCACCAUCACACAAGUUUCCACCCCAUACGUUCCGUCAGAUCAUGUUCUGGUGCAUGUCACCGCCGCCGAGAUGGGUUCCGAGCAGCUCUGGUCCUACGUCGGUCGGACCCGCGACGACUCUCCGCUCGUAGCAGGUGUCGCGAGCGGCCCUCUCUCCAAUGUCGUCGUCGCUCACAAGUUUGCUCUGCAUGAGCUUCCUGACGGCGCCACUGGCGAAUCCCUCCCUUCCGCGCUUCCGGCCGCUAUUGCGGCCCUCGCCGUCGGGGUGUCUGCGUUCUCUCGCCCCGAGUACCUCAGACAAAGGGUCAUCCUCGUCACACACUCCGAUACGGUCCUCGGGGCGCAGGUGGCGAGACUCUACUCUGAGCUUGGGGCCAACGUAAUCUCCAUCCCUGCUAGCUACACGGUUUCUGCGCUGAAGGACGCGUUUGCUCGAAGUCCGCAACUCAUUGUUUCGGGGACGAAGGAUGCGUCCGAGGCGAAGACAUUCCGCGACAUGGUCCCCCGCCAGGGACGAGUGUUCCUCUGGAACCAUCCCGACAGCGGUGUCGCGCACAUCCUGGAUACCGACCCCUGCUCAGUUGGCGAUGCGCUGCGCGUUGCACUGAGCUACCAAGGCGCAUCCUCGACACUUCGUCCGCCGCUCGACCUCGUCGCCUCCGCCAUCCCAGAGUCGGUGCCCCUCGCGACAGCUCUUUACAGCCCGACAAAGUCUUACCUGCUGCUGGGCGGGAUCGGCAGUCUCGGCCUGCAGCUCGCGCACUGGAUGUACAGCAACGGCGCGCGGGAGCUGCUCCUGACGUCGCGGUCUGGCCGGGAAGGCCUGCUGCGGCGGGGCGACUACACGGCGCUCCGGUACCUCGAUUACCUGGAGAGCCGUCCAGACCUCAGCGUGCGCGUCACCUGCACGGGAGAGGCGCCGCUCGAGAGGUUGAAGAGUGCCGUCGAUGGGCUGCAGCACCCCGUGGGAGGCUGCUUCGUCCUGUCGGGUGUGCUCGUGGAUCGCCCGUUCGUGUCGCAGACGGCGGAGACGUUCGAAGCGCCGUUCCCGGCGAAGGUGGACGCGUUCGCGUUGGCGGAGCAGGUUCUGCAGGUGGACACGCUUGACUUCUUGAUGACGUUCUCGUCGGUGUCGGGCUUGAUCGGGAACGCUGGGCAGACGAACUAUGCGAGCGCGAACACAUCGCUGGCAGGGCUUACGAAGAAGUACCGCAACGCGGUGUGUGUCGUGGCUCCCGCGAUUCUGGACACGUCGACUAUCAGAGGCGAGCUCGUUGGGUCGUCGCCGAGUUUGCGCCUCAAGCAUCUCAGCAACUGGGGUAUGACGAGCGCAGAGUUCUUCACCUACGUGGACGACGCGAUACGCUGCGUAAAGAGUCGGCCCGUGUGGCAAUACGUGCCGGCCUUCGACUGGGCGCUGGUGCACGACAACAUGGGUCCUUCGCCGCUCUACGCGGACCUUGUGCCCACGCAUUCGUCGGACGACCUCGACCCGUCUGCAGCGAGGGCGGAAUGCAGUCCGAAGGACGUCGUGUGCAAGAUCCUCGACGUCGCCGCGGAGGACCUGUCGCCCGAUGUGCCGUUCACGUCGUAUGGGCUGGACUCGCUCUCUGCUGCCGCGCUGUCGUAUGCGCUCCGGCCGUUCCUGGUGAUAUCACAGCUCCAGCUGCUGGCGGAUGUCAGCCUGAAGGAGAUAGAGGCGCGAAUGGAGGUGUAGGCCCGGGGCGCCCUUUGCGUUCUGCUUCGUAGUAUGGUAACUUAUCUAGAGGCUCUGAGGUUGGGAUUGUAGCUUAGCUACACGUGUAUGCUGCACUGUGUUUAUGUAUACCCUCGUGUAUGUGCUUUUAUAUGGACAUGUUUCUC